UUUCUUGGGUUUGGUGGCAAUGCUGCUCGACAGAGAUAUGAAGACAGAAUAUUUGCCAACACAGUUCAGAAAAACAGGCUCCUGGGGAAGCAGACUGGUCUGGCUCCCGAAGCUCCAUACCUGGACCCCUGCCUGCCCAUGGACAUUAAAGACGAGAUCCAGCAAAAUGGGCAGACUCUGUACCUGCGGGGGACAGGAGACUUCGACCUGUGUCGAGAGACCCUCCAGCCUUUCAUGAACAAAACCAAUGAGACACAGACUUCCCUCAACGGGGUCUACCAGCCUCCAAUUCACUUCCAGAACAGUGAGUUCUAUGGCUUCUCUGAAUUCUACUACUGCACCGAGGACGUGUUGCGAAUGGGAGGUGAUUACAGCGCUGCUAAGUUCACUAAAGCUGCAAAGGAUUAUUGUGCAACAAAGUGGUCCAUCUUGCGGGAACGCUUUGACCGAGGACUGUAUGCCUCUCACGCUGACCUCCAUCGGCUUAAGUAUCAGUGCUUCAAAUCUGCCUGGAUGUUUGAGGUGUUCCAUAGGGGCUUCUCCUUUCCUGUCAGCUACAAAAACCUAAAGACUGCCUUGCAGGUGUAUGACAAGGAAGUGCAGUGGACCUUAGGAGCAAUCCUGUACAGGACCCGCUUUUUGCCUUUGAGGGAUAUCCAGCAGGAGGGCUUCCGGGCCAGUCACGCACACUGGCGGGGCGUCUCCUUUGUCUACAACCACUACCUGUUCUCCGGCUGCUUCCUGGUGGUCCUGCUCUCCAUCCUCCUCUACCUGCUGCGGCUGCGGCGCUUCCACCAGCGGGCCCUGCGCAGCAGCUCUGCAGCUGUGCUCUGGCUGGAGGAGGGCCUGCCCUCCCAGAAGGGUGCGGGCCCCUUGUGAGCUGGCACACAGCUCCAGGAAGACUUUCUACAGGAAAAGCCAUUUUGCCUCAGGGUUUCUCCUCUGUAUGCUCAGAUGGUUUUGUCUUUCCCUUUUUUGUUAAAACAACAUUCAUUGUAAGCCCUGCUGUCUGGCGGCAUUGCAUUUAGUUGUUUUGCAUCCACCUUCAAACUGAGGAGAAGGGAAAAGGGAAACUCACUUGAUUUUUGUUGCAUAGGACAUCUGCCAGAAAUUAGUAAGAUUUUUGGUUUUCUUUAAGGUAUGUUAAAUUUUCAACAAAUGCACUUUGAUAUUGAAGUAGUGGAAGAGAUACUUUCUGUCAGUGGAGAUAGAAUAGAAGAGUGAUCCUUGCACAGAACCAGAAAGCAAAUUAGAGUCCUGACUGUUUCUUUCUCAAAAGCUCCAGCCUACAGAAAGUACAGUUUCAUUCUUAUUUAUUGUUCAGGUCUGUUGUUUUAUGUUUUCUUUACAGAUUUACAAAUUCAAACUCAUUCAUAGCCAAAAUAGGUAGCAGUAGGUACCAGAAGGUAACGGUUGUCAAUACAGAUAGUCAAGAGACAUGAACAGUGUGAACUACUGACAAGUGCUGUGCGAGUGACAGGUGCUGAGCACUGUGGAGAUGUUCCUAUGGAAACGCGCUUCACAGUUUAGGAAACUCCCCACUGCUGGUAACUUUUCCUGACCGCCGGGAGUAACUUUCUUCAUCUCAUUGUCCCAGCAGCCUUACAGCACUUUGUGUUAAAAAAAAAAAAUUGGAGAAGUCAUAACACUUCACUGGUUUCAACUUUAUUAGACCUACAGCUGACACCCACUUUUGGGCACCUCGGUAUUUCUUAGGAGCAUCAUUUUGCUUGUUUAACUGUCUCCAGUUUCUUCCAGCUCAAAGUUGAUAUUUCCUCCCUUAAUUAAAAGUUGCUUAGCAGUUUUAUCUGAGAAACCCCAUGUGUCACUUGACUAGUUCUCAUUGUCAUUGUUGUAGGUUCAGUUGUCAUUGGCUCAUUGGCAUUGUCACUGUAAAUCCACACUAAGGGAAGAGUCAGAAUUUAAUACAAGAAAUAAACUCACAGAAAACACAUUUGACAUUUUAAGCCAAACUCUGAAAAGGACAGUUAAUUGGCACAUGUAAGAUUGAUUGUUUUUUUAACCGUUCAUUUAAAAUGUUUCACCUUCUCAUACAUAGCUUUUUUAAGAAGUUCUUUUGAGUACACACAUUUUCCGGUACCAAAACAGUUUAAUUCAUGUAGUUGGUAGCAAAUGUGUAUUUUGAGAACCAUUAAUUGCUUAUUAGGAGAUCACUGCUUAUAGACUAUUUAGAUUCUGAAGUUCUCUUUCAUUUAGAAAAAAAGUUAUAACAUGACAUACUGCAUACAAUAUGAAAGAAAUACAAAUUUUCUUACUCUCUUAAGUGAAUAGUAAUGAGAAAGUUACUGGUGGCAAGUUAGGGAGGUGUCCGGUGUUACAGCCACUGAUGUGUAGAGUCUUGUUCCAGAGGCCCGUAAUUGGAAUAAGCAUCCCUGUGAAUUUAACAGAGCCAACUUUGGGAGUGCUGGCCACCGGUGUCUUAAAUCCAGCUACAAAUGAGCCUGUCAUCAAUACUUCAGCAGGGCACCAGGCUGGUACUUCCUUAUUUCUAAGGGGGUUGGGGGUCCUUGUGGCUAUGGGGACAUCAGUGGUGAGGAGGAAGGAUGUUUAACUUUUUUACUGCCAGCCAGUUGGAAUAGUAAGGUCCUAAUAGCUGUAGAAUGAAAAUCUAUAAAUGCAUAGAGUCUGUGGUUUUCCCUUUAAAAUGAGGGCAGGGAGAAGCCAGCAGAGGAACAGAUUGAAACAAUAAGACUUCCUCCCCUUAAAUAGCCACUUUUUAAAUGCAAGAUGCCACUUUGGUCCAACUCUGUGCAAUUUGGAGACUGAAUAGGAGUUCUGCUUUCAGUAGACCCUAAGCAUCUCUGCUGCUGGGACCUACCUCAUUGUCCAGAAGAAGCCCCCAAACUGGGGCUCCAGGGUGCAGACUGUCUGAUACAUGGCACCUGUGUUCCUCUGACGACUCCCUGAAGCAGGGCUUGGUAAACUGUCGCAGAUCUGAAGACUCUUGUGCAAAGAAUGGUUUUUCAAUUUUUAAAGAGUUGUUAAAAAAAAAAGUUAGCCAGGCUGGGGAGGCUGAAACAGGAGGAUCAUGAGUUGCAGGCCAGCCUGGGCUACAUGGUAUAACCCUGUUUCAAAAAAAAAAUUUGACCAUAUGCCUAAAAUAUGUUCUAAGUGGCCCUUUAUAGAAUAAAAACUUGCUAGCUGUGUUAGCUUUCCCUUACUGUAACAAAUACGUGAGAUAGUCAACUUAGACAAAGGUUUAUUUUGGCUCAUGGCCACAGAGGUUUCAGUGAUCAGCUGUCCUUGUUCUUUGGGGCCUGUGGUGAGGCAGCAUAUCAAGGCAGAAGCACAGGUGGAACAAAACCAGCAUGUUUUGUGGCCUAGAUCAAGAGAGAGAGAGAGAGAGGAGAAGGAGGGGCUGGGUUCCUACAUUCCCUUGAAGGAAUGGCCCAAUGACUAGUAGACAUCCACCAAGCCCUGCCUCUUAAAGGUUUCACUUCUUCCUAAUAGUGCCAAGCUGGGGACAGUCUUUAACACAGGAGCUCUGGGGAGACAUCCCAUAUCCAAACAAUAGCACUGACCUGCAAGAACAAUCAUUCCAGGAAAUAAGCAGCUCCAUCCUUUGAACUCAGUAACAUAGUUACUGUUCUUAGACACAAGAAGAUGGACAAGAGACAUGACCAAGCUUCAUUUGGAAAGUAUUUUCUUAGGCACCAGACUUUCACUUCUUACCUCUGCUUCUAGAUUAUUUUCAGGAUCACUUUUCUACCAAACCAGGUAGAAAUUUUUCCCUAAUUAAAAAAAAAGAAAAAUCAAGGGAGCUCAUGUGUUGAGGUGUCUGCAGUCAGCACACCAUAUUCCAGAGAAGGUCUCAUGCAGGUUCUCACAGCUCUGUUUAUGCCAUGGAGGGGAAGGCACCGAGUUCCUCUAAAUGACGCCAGGUAGGAUAAGAGAUAAGCGAAGGAGAAAAAGGAUUUACAUCAUUUAAAGGCUGACCAAGAAGGCAGUGAACUCUAUACUUGCAGUAGGGAGCAAAAGAAAUUGGAGUGGGGGCUCGCUAAAGGUCUUGUCAAACACAAUCUUGUGAAAUCUUAGUUGGAAGACUCCCAACUAUAAAUGCUCCCUCCAUAGCUCUUGUGGGUGUUGCUGUGUUUUAAACAUGUAGGGGAUGUCCUCAAAGCUUUUACUAUCCAGGUAAGGACAUCACAGGAAGACAAUAAGGGACCUGUUGUACCCAUGGUUUUUGCACAUUUUUCUCCCAUAAACUGUGGCUUUAGGCAAUGUUUCCAGCUCAGGGGGUCAAGUGAUGAAGAUGCUGCUAGUGGCUUAAGGCCAUUGUUGUGGGGACUCUGCCUGGCCACCCUGAACGUUUAAGGCAGAUUUUAUACCUUGUUACCCACACCUGUGCACUCUAGUGUAGCCAACUGUUGAUGAGCAGGAAUUUAAAUGUUAAAUUCAGGCCUACAUAGGAUAGUUUUCCUUAUAAAGGAGCAUGUAUCACUUAGCAAGAAACUAAAAAAGGCAAGUGUGUUUUCCAAACUUGAAAAGUCAGCUUUAGAAUUGUGUAUGAUAAUGUGCAAUGCAGGGAACUACCUUGAAGUGAACUGUUUAUUUCAGUGUUCAGUAAUGAGUGAUGUGACUGGCCUAUGAGAACUCUUUUUUUCUGUUAACCAGAAUUAAAUCUCACAGGUAUUAAUUACAAAAAGUAGGGAGCAUCUCUAAAUGUUUUUGUUUCAGUGAUGUUUUCCAGUCAGCCUAAGAGUAAUUAUCUUACGCUGAAUGGUGUCAUCCACACUGGGUAACCUCCUGUUGCACACUUGCGCAAGAAUGGGUGUUAGCAACCGGCAAAGCAAAGGUUCAUGCACAGCCUGUGGACUCUGGUGUUUGAAUCUUCUCACUUAUUAGAAUGACUAGUUGAAUUUGAGGCUAAAUUGAGUAAAAUAAAUUGAA